AUCCAAAGAAAAGUUGUAUUCCACGGAAGAUUCAUCAAAUUCUGAUUCUGAAUCACACUCUUCCAUAUCCCCAAUAUCCCUUUGCAUUUCCUGAAAUCUUUGUCACCUAAGGCAUGAUACUGGAAGCCCGCGGGGGAGGAGAGAUUGGUGCAGUGGUCGACGCGUCUCAGCCGUUUAAAUCGCCGGAAAUGGUAGGGGAGAACCACGAACACGUUGUCGGCGAUGAAAUUUUCGUGCCUCCUUUGAAUUUCGCCAUGGUCGAUAAUGGUGUUUUCAGGUCCGGUUUCCCUGAUUCCGCCAAUUUCAAGUUCCUGCAGUCCUUAGGGCUCCGUUCGAUUAUAAAUUUGUGCCCAGAACCGUAUCCAGAGCCCAAUAAUGAGUUUCUGAAGGCAAACGGUAUUCGUCUCUUUCAAUUCGGGAUCGACGGAUGCAAGGAACCUUUUGUAAACAUUCCAGAGGAAACGAUUCGGGAAGCACUCAAAGUAGCUAUUGAUGUGAAGAACCAACCGCUGUUGAUUCAUUGCAAACGAGGGAAGGUAAGUUUAUGGUCUCCUAUUUUCCAAGGUUUCUACAUGGAUGAGUUCCACUAACUAGGUUCAGUUAUUUCCAUCGAUGCCCUGUCCAGCACCGCACUGGAUGUCUUGUAGGAUGCAUAAGAAAACUACAGAGAUGGUGCCUGUCUUCUAUUUUUGACGAGUACCAGCGAUUUGCAGCAGCCAAGGCAAGGGUUUCAGACCAGAGGUUUAUAGAGUUGUUUGAUGUCUCCGGCCUAAAACACAUGCCAUUAACAUUUUCCUGCUCAAAGAAGUAAACAAUCAUAUACUAGCAAUCCCAAAUUAUCACAGGCAAUAAGUAAGACUCAGAAUACUCGGGUUUUUACUUCUUAGAGGACAACUUUUAUUUCCUUCUUUUAGCUUUGAUAAAAUUGCAGAGCAUGGUUCUGUUUCUUUAAGGUUCCUGUUUUGCAACUUGGUGCAGAUCAAACUGCGUAACAACGUUUUCUGUCUGGAAUUGCCCAUCAGUUAGGUAUAGUGGAUUAGAUUUUUUUCUUAU